UGGGACUACUGCCUGUAGUCUAGGUACUGAUACGUUCGGUUUCGCAUAUGCAAGUCGGAGAUAGCAGCUACAAUGCAUACCACAAAGGUAAUCGCUAACACAACGUGGAUGUUGCUGCGGCAAGGGAGACAAUACCGUCCGCCAAACCCAAGGCGAACCUGCGGCGUAUUUUUUGCAGGGUCAACAACACCUAGUUGCGCCGCAUCUAGUCGCUGUUACCGGACCGAUGCGUGGGGCGGCUCGCUACAAAGUAGACAUCGGCCGCGUCACUUAUCUGUUGGCGGUGCUUCUAGUACCUUUGGCGCCAGCGCGCCUGGUGAUGGUGUUUCCAGCGGCGACCCGAAACAAGGACGAGAACAGUUCGUUGUAACAGGAUCGCUCCUUGACGCCAGGAGAGCAGGGUCGGACUCGCCGUUGCCUGGCCAGUUUCUGUCCAUCUCUCACGCGUUCGGGCCCGAGGCGGUGGCUGCGUUCGCGGCUCACGCGGGGGACGACAAUCCGAUACACCUCGACGAGCAUUACGCCAGGCAAACGGGGCCCCGGAACUACGACGGCUGCAUUGUGCACGGGCUUAUGGUGGCGGGGCUGUUCUCGACUGCGUUCGGCAGGGCUAUAUCCGGGGCGCUGUACGUCUCGCAGACGCUGAGGUUCGAACGACCGGUGCUAGUCGGCGAGAGAGUUGACGCGCGAGUCGAGGUGGAGCGGGCACGAGUCACGUCCUCGGGCCGGGAGGUCUUGGUGCGGUGUUCCACCGUAGCAUCUCUUGCCGACGGCACGGUCGCCGUGUCGGGUCAGGCGAAGGUUCUGUUGCCCCGCACGUGCGAGGUCCGUUCGUGGUAAGACGAGGCUGAUGAUAUUGAGAAGGCUCCGGGUUGUUGCCUCACGGGAGGGGCCGGCCCCCCCCCACGGGGUCGAGCCUCCUCGCGGCGCAAGCGGGUACACCUACAGAAGAAAGGACAAGGGGCGCACACUUUCAAGGCACGCCAGGGAGUGAGCACGAUAGUGGGGCGGAAUAACGCGUCGGUUUUAGCAUAGGCAGGUGCAAGGUUUCCACCGCCCAUCUCGUUGAGCGUGGCCUCGGCAAGGACCGCCCAAAACCUCGCCCAAAGCAUCAGGAGACGAAAAUGGUUGGUAGAAUAUCGCGUUAAGGGUCUAGCGACAACGACUUCAUUCGGUGUUUCUGGGUCUGGUGUGUAAGUACAUGGUUCAUAUAUCUACGCGUGUGGAUCGUGUUACGUGUGGUUCUGUUGUAAUAAGCUGGUAGAUACCUUCGUGUGAUCACUCGCGACACAGCCGGCCGUGCCGUGCGAUUCGCCCCCCAAGUUGAUGUGUUUUCUGUGCUUCUCUGCCCGACUUCCUGUUGGCUUCUUCAGCCACCUCGUGGACUCUCGUAAGGGGACAUGUGUGUCGGUUGUGCACUGCUGGGCACUUUUGAGUGCAGAGAAAAGUAUGGAAGGAGUUCGUGUGUAGAGCUGUAAGACGAGGCGAUGGCGAGACCCUUCUCGCCAAAUUGUUUGAAGGAGCGUUCGGCAAUAUUCCUCUAGGCUGCAACACACAGACAGCUGAAACUCCGGGAGCGGAGACUACGGCGAGCACAUGUAGCAGAUUUGCGUUCCUUCGGAAAUUGCGCAGUACAUGCAUCGUGAAACGGUAAAGGCGGUAAAUAGUCUAGACUACACGCAUGCAAUGGAUGGAUUAUCAUAUGACAUGAAGUCUUGUUUGUUUUUCCG